AUGAGUGACGCAUACGAAAGAGAAAGACAAAACAACUCCCUCCUCGAGUCCCUAUCGCAGAAGACAAGCGCCCUCAAAUCAGUCACAGUGAACAUAUACGAUAAUGCACGAGACCAGGAUAUGAUCGAUAAUACCAGCGAUGUCUUCUCCUCUCUAUCAACGAAUAUCAAGGGCAGUGCAAGCCGGUUGACUCGUAUGGCCAGGCAGGGCGACAAGAUAGCUGUCCUAAAGCUGGCGGCCAUAGUAGUUGGAUCUGGCCUUGUGCUUCUAUGUGACUAUAAGGGCACUAUGAUGGCGGUAGAAUCGGAAGUUAAUGCCCGGAAUCUUCGCCGUUGA